CCCAUGUCUAUCGUUGGCAGUUUGAUCUUCUGUGUCGAUUGUGGCAACCUCUUGGACUCUGUGGUCUCCCGCAGAACCCUCGACUGCGAAAUAUGCUCCAGGUCCUAUCCUUCUUCUCAAUUCGAAAAUCUAAGAGUCGUCACAACCUCCUCAGAUGACGCCUUUCCUUCUGCCUUACGGCUCAAGCGUUCUGCUGUUAAAACCACAAUGUCUGGCGACGGAAAUGAAGGUGCGCUCAUUGAAGAAAUAUGUCCCAAAUGUGGUCAUAAUGAAGCUUCCUACCAUACUCUCCAAUUGCGUUCUGCUGAUGAAGGUGCUACUGUUUUCUACACAUGCACUAAAUGCCAUCACAAGUACAGAGAGAAUAAUUGAUACUUUUCCAAUCUCAUCUCAUCUCGCCUCACCUCAUUUCACUUCCAAAACUCAGUUUCGCGCUUUUCAUCAUUCUUUUGUACUCUUAUCUAUAUUCAGCUUUACCCAUUAUUUUAUCUCAAUUUCAAACCUACAAUGAAUGAUUGGAUUAAAAAACAAAAGAAAAAAAAAAUCUAUGAAAAACUAUGAAAAACUAUGAAAAACUAUGAAAAACUAUGGAAAAUUAUAGAAAAU